AGAAUGCAUUCAAUUGUUCCUCCUCGAGUCGGACUCGGCAGCAGUUGGAUGGCGUGAGCAGCAGAGCACUGCACAGGACAGAGCAGACGUACAGGCAGCACACAGAGGCGCGCGAUUAAUUGACGGAUCUAGAGGACAGGACAGGGCUCUGUCCUCCAGUAGCAUCCUUUCGUUUCGAACAUGGAUUUGGAGACCAGAAGACACACUGGAAUGCUUUUACAGCUAGCAGUCCUUUUCUGCUGUUCAUAUGGGGCACUUGGAAAAGACAGCUGUGAUGGCCCACUGGUGUCCAGCCUGCCCCAGUCCUCCUUCAGAAGCUCAUCACAGUUAUCCAACAGCCAUGGACCCGGCUUUGCCAAAGUCAACAGGAGAGAUGGUGCCGGAGGCUGGGCUCCUGUAGAGUCUAAUAAGUACCAGUGGUUGGAGGUGGACCUGGGGGAGCGGACAGAAAUCACAGCCGUGGCCACGCAGGGUCGCUACGGCAGCUCAGACUGGGUCUCCUCCUUCCUCCUCAUGUUCAGCGACACGGGACGCAACUGGAAACAGUACCGCCAGGAGGACAGCAUCGGGGCGUUCACUGGAAACAGCAAUGCAGACAGUGUGGUGCAGUUCAAACUGCAGCAGCCAGUCUUUGCCAGGUUCCUACGGUUACUUCCUCUCGACUGGAACCCUAACGGGAGGAUAGGCCUGAGGCUGGAGGCCUAUGGAUGCCCUUACAAGUCUGAUGUGGCAAGUUUCGACGGCAGCGGCUGCCUGCUCUACAGGUUCAGCCCCAACACAACACCAAUUCUAACGGCCAAAGACAGCAUCUCUCUGAAGUUCAAAACCCUGCAGAACUCUGGGACACUGAUACACACAGAGGGACAACACGAUCGCAGCCUCACGCUGGAGUUACACAAAGGAAAACUUUUACUCCACCUUAAAGGUAAAAGUGCCUCUCCUGGUCCUGAGAGCCACACGGUCGUGUCACUGGGUAGUCUUCUAGAUGACCUGCACUGGCACCAUGUAGCCAUCGAGCGCGUUAGAGGCCAUGUCAACUUCACUGUGGAUAAAAGCACUCAGCAGAUCCAGGUCCCUGCAGAACUCAGUCCUUUUGAGAUAAACGAGAUAACCUUUGGCGGCGUCCAGUGCCAUGGAACACAGAAGGUUAUGUCCCUAAGGAACUUCCAUGGGUGUCUUGAGAACCUUCUCUGGAAUGAGGUGAACGUGAAUGAUCUGGCCAAGCAGCACCAGGAGGUCUCCAUCACGGGCAAUGUGACCUUUACUUGUGCUGAGCCGGUCUCCGUCCCAGUGACGUUCGCAGGCGCCCAGAGUUUCCUCCAGUUGCCGGGUGCAGCUCUACAGCAGAGAGACGCCGGUGGCGGCGGGGUUGCCUUGGUGGCGGUUGGUGUGGCGAUCAGCCUGCAGUUCCGGACCUGGAACAGAGCGGGCCUUCUGUUAACCUUUGACCUCCAGCAGCAGGUGGGGAGCCUGUGGCUCUACCUGAGCGAGACCAGAGUCAGGCUGCAGAUACACAAGGCUGGCAGGAUCCUACUGGACGUUGUCACAGGGUUCGGUCUGAACGACGGCCAGUGGCAUUCAGUAGACCUGACUGCAAGAAGAGGUCGUCUGRCCAUCACUGUGGAUAAAGAGGAAAGCUCCACGGCUCAUGCCAGCCCAUCUUUUCCCGUGGUAUCAGGAAACAACCUCUUCUUUGGAGGUUGCCCGGAUAGCAAGACUAACCAGGAGUGCAGAAACCCUUUCAACGUGUUCCAAGGCUGUAUGAGACACAUCCAUGUGGAUAAUAAUGCUGUGGACCUGAUCAAGGUGCAACAGAUGCUGAUAGGAAACUACAGCGACCUGCAGAUUGACAUGUGUGGAAUCAUCGACAGAUGCUCUCCAAGCCAUUGUGAACACGGUGGGAGAUGCACUCAGUCUUGGAGUACCUUCCAUUGCAAUUGCUCUAACACAGGCUACAGUGGAGCAACGUGUCACAGCUCCGUCUAUGAGCAGUCAUGUGAAGUGUACAAACACAAGGGCAACACAACAGGGCUAUAUUACAUAGACGUGGAUGGAAGCGGCCUGAUCAAGCCACAGCUGAUUUAUUGCAACAUGACUGAUAAAACAUGGAUGGUGAUCCAACACAAUAACACGGAGCUAACCAAAUUAAAGGCCUCCUCUGGGAUAAAUCAGCAUUUAGCCUAUUUUAACUAUUCGGCCGAUGCGGAACAGCUCGGGGCCAUAAUUACCCAGGCAGAGCACUGCGAGCAGGAAGUCUUCUACCACUGUAGAAAGUCACGCCUCUUAAACACACCAGAUGGAUCUCCGUUCACUUGGUGGGUGGGACGUACAGACGAGCCCCAAACGUACUGGGGCGGGGCGGUACCAGGGAGCCAGCAGUGUGGCUGCGGUCUUCAGGGUAACUGCAUCGACUCAGACCACUACUGCAAUUGUGACGCUGACCGCAAAGAAUGGGCUGCUGACUCUGGCCUGCUCAUCCAUAAGGAGAAUCUACCAGUCAGAUGGGUGGUGGUGGGGGAUAUACAGAGACCUGAAUCAGAGGCAGCCUAUAGAGUCAGCCCACUUAGAUGUCAUGGCGACAAGAACUUCUGGAACGCAGCGUUCUUCAACAAAGAGACGUCGUACCUGCACUUCCCCACGUUCCACGGAGAGCUGAGUGCAGACAUCUCCUUCCUGUUCAAAACCACCGCCUCUUCAGGGGUCUUCCUGGAAAACCUGGGCAUUAAAGACUUCAUACGGGUUGAACUCAGCUCUUCGAUGGAGGUCGUCUUCUCGUUUGACGUGGGCAAUGGCCCCUUUGAGGUGCGUGUGGAGACGGGCGGCAUGGCGCUAAACGACGACAGGUGGCACCGCGUUCGAGCGGAGCGGAACGUGAAAGAGGCUUCACUGUGUGUGGACGCUUUCCCGUGCGCCACACAGAAGGCCCCCGCCGACGGUCACAUCCAUCUGCAACUCAACAGCCAAUUAUUUGUAGGUGGCACUGCUUCCAGAAUGAAAGGUUUCCUGGGGUGUAUCCGCUCGCUGCAACUAAACGGGAGGACUCUGGACCUGGAGGAGAGGGCUAAGAUCACGCCCGGGGUGAGUCCGGGCUGCCCGGGACACUGCGGCAGCUACGGGCAUCUGUGCCAGAACCAGGCGAGGUGUGUGGAGAGGUACAAUGGCUUCUCCUGCGACUGUGGCCUCUCCGCCUACGCAGGCCCCUUCUGCCAGAGAGAGGUCUCUGCUUACUUCAAACCUGGGACAUCAGUCCAGUACACAUUCAAGGAGCCGUACGAGCUGACUAGAAACGCCAGCACUCAGUCCCAGUCCUCCUCCAUCUACUCUGACCUGACGCUACGAGGAGAGAAUGUCUCGUUUAGCUUUAGAACCACACAGAGCCCUGCGUUACUGCUCUACAUCUGCUCCUACUACAGAGAGUACCUGGCUGUGCUGCUCAACAGGAAUGGUUACCUGGAUGUUAAAUAUAAGCUGCAGAACAGUAGAGAUGCUGAGGUAUUCAGGACCAGCAUAAGGAACUUGGCCAAUGGACAACUUCACAGAGUCUCCAUCAGGAGGAUAUCAGAGACUGUCAGUGUUCAGAUUGACCAGCACAGAAGGGAAGACUUCAAUCUCACAUCUGAUACAGAAUUCAAUGCUAUCAAGUCAGUWGUCCUUGGGAAGGUGCAAGAGUCUGGUGAGCUGGAUCCGGAGAUUGCCAGGCUGAACUCCCUGGGUUUCAGUGGCUGUCUGUCGGUGGUCCAGUUUAACUCCAUCACUCCACUGAAGGCAGCGCUACUCUACCCAAACACCAGCCCAGUCAUAGUGACAGGACCCCUAGCUGAGUCCACCUGUGGUUCCUCAUCUCCAGCCAAUCCCUACCCAGCCGAAACCACACACMCCCUAUCAGAUCAUUCAGGUACAGUAGGUACUGGUGAGCCUAUAGUUAAUGCAAUCAAGAGUGACUCUGCAUUGAUUGGAGGUGUGAUUGCUGUGGUGAUAUUUGUGAUUCUGUCUGCGUUGGCAAUAAUGGUAAGGUUCCUGUAUCGACGGAAAGAGACGUUCCACAGCCAAGAACCAAAAAGCAUCAAACCUGAGGCAGACAGUCCUGAGUACCCUUUCCACAGCGAGCCCACCUCACAGAACGUACUAAGUGAAAACCAAAAGGAGUAUUUCAUAUAGCUCCAUCUGUCCACCCCCGGACCUUCUCAAUGUUGGACUUAUCCAGUGAAUCUGAUUAAGGAAGUACAGAAAUGCCUUCCGAGCCCUAGAGACAUUAAUUACAUUCACAGUGCAUUACACACACAUGCAGUAAAAGACCCUCAGCAACUGUCGAAACAAGAUGUCUGACCAAAAUGUGGAGAAGAUAAAAAAAAUAUUCUAUCAAUUCGUCCAUGUAUUGUUUUUUCUUGUUUUACUGGGUGUUGU